AUGCAAGAGGCUGACACAUCGCGACGGCCAUCGAAGUCUCUGAUGGAUAGGGUGAAGACUAGCUGUUUAUCCAUGGCAGUCACUUUUAAGGAAGGGCUUAGCUACGUCAAAGCCUUUUUUGUUGGCCAGACAAAGAGGUUGACGGCCAAGAACGAGAAAGAAGCUACGGAAGCUCAUCUAACAGAGACCAAAAUGCAAGUUGAUGCAACCGAUGAAGCAGAGAACGCCAAGAAGAGGCUUCAUCAAUCUUAUUAAUGUUUUUGAUAAUUAAUUAAAUGUGUUUUUACUGAUUUUAAGAGAAUGUCUUCUUAAUAUUUCGUUUGAAGAAACCACUAAAUUCUAUGAAUAUACUCCCAAUUUUCAAGAGAGAUUUCAUUGUAGACACUCCUCUAAACUCGACUUUUAUAUUUGUAUACGACUUCUUUCUUUAUUAAACACAUAAUACAAAAAC